UGGCUGAGAUCCCUUGUUAUCGGUGAAGUCCAACUCAUUUUCAGCAGCACUUCCCAGAUCAUGGUAAGAGGCGGGCACAGGGUGCACUGCACAGGGAUGGGAGGAGGAGGGCGUUGCAUUGCGUUGUCCAUCUCCUGACAAGCCCAUCCCAGAAAAGCGUGUGUGUGUGUUAUGAUAUGGAAACAAUGUUUUAGUUAGACCCUUGACUAAAGACGGGCCUACCUGUUCAAGCUAGAGCUCUCUACGGCAAAGCAUGGGCUACAGGCUGUCAACUGAUCUAACUAGCUUGUUACACAGCGGAUCCCCUGCUAUAAGACUGCUGCAGAGCCGCUAGGAGGGGAGGGGUGCGCUGGCUCCUGCGGAGGUUCUGAUACGAACAGGUUAGAGAGCUGCUCGGCGAACAAUCUCAGCUUCAUAUUUGGUUUCCGUUUGUCUCAACAAAAUGAACGCUGCGGAAUGAUCCCGGGCCUUUCCAAACCUUGAGGAUUGUGAGUGAAGCCCACUUCAACCCAGGAAAGAGGAAAAUUCCGUCCCGCGUCUCGCCUGCACCUUUCCUCGGGACGGAAUGUCGAGAAGCUCCGAGGAAAGUCACGGUCGGGGCGGUGGCUCCGAUCGAGACUUGAAGAUGGCCUCUUCUAACAACACGACCCCCGAGGGAGGACCACCGCCACUGCAUCAGAACCGUAUACGACAGUCGGACAGCAACACCAGCUUUCUGCGUGCUGCCAGGGCAGGGAACCUCGACAAAGUCCUGGAGUUUCUGAAAGGGGGAGUGGACAUCAGCACCUGUAAUCAGAACGGUCUGAACGCGCUCCACCUGGCCGCCAAGGAGGGCCAUGAGGACCUGGUGGAGGAACUGUUGGAGAGAGGUGCGCAUGUCGACUCAGCUACCAAGAAAGGAAACACUGCCCUCCACAUCGCGUCAUUGGCUGGACAGAAGGAAGUUGCCAGAAUCUUAGUGAAGAGAGGCGGGGACGUCAACGCCCAAUCACAGAAUGGCUUCACUCCGCUGUACAUGGCGGCCCAGGAGAACCACCUGGAGGUGGUGCGCUACCUGCUGGAGAAUGAGGGGAACCAGAGCAUCGCCACGGAGGUAGGCGUGUGUGACGGCUUCACCCCGCUGGCCAUCGCCCUCCAGCAGGGCCACAACUCUGUGGUCUCCCUGCUGCUGGAGCACGACACCAAGGGCAAGGUGCGGCUGCCCGCCCUGCACAUCGCCGCCCGCAAGGACGACACCAAGUCAGCGGCCCUGCUGCUGCAGAACGACCACAACGCAGACGUCCAGUCCAAGAUGAUGGUCAAUAGAACCACUGAGAGCGGCUUCACCCCGCUGCACAUCGCUGCCCACUAUGGAAACGUCAACGUCUCCACCCUGCUGCUGAACAGAGGAGCUGCGGUGGACUUCACAGCCAGGAACGGCAUCACUCCUCUUCACGUGGCCUCCAAGCGGGGGAACACCAACAUGGUGGCGCUGUUGCUGGACAGAGGAGCUCAGAUAGACGCUAAGACAAGGGAUGGUCUCACCCCACUACACUGUGCAGCGAGGAGUGGACAUGACCCUGCCGUGGAGAUUCUGCUGGAGAAGGGAGCACCCAUGUUAGCCCGGACAAAGAACGGCCUGUCCCCACUACACAUGUCUGCCCAAGGAGACCAUGUGGAGUGUGUAAAGCACCUACUGCAGUACAAGGCACCUGUUGAUGAUGUCACACUGGACUACCUGACCGCGCUGCAUGUCGCCGCCCACUGCGGCCACUACAGAGUCACCAAGCUACUGCUGGACAAGAGGGCCAACCCAAACACCAGAGCUCUGAAUGGCUUCACUCCACUGCACAUCGCCUGCAAGAAGAACCGGGUGAAGGUCAUGGAGCUGCUGGUGAAGUACGGAGCCUCCAUCCAGGCCAUCACUGAGUCCGGUCUGACUCCCAUCCACGUGGCAGCCUUCAUGGGUCACCUCAACAUCGUGCUGCUGCUGCUGCAGAACGGGGCCUCGCCCGACGUCCGCAACAUUCGUGGGGAGAGUGCCCUCCACAUGGCAGCUCGGGCAGGGCAGAUGGAGGUGGUCCGCUGCCUGCUGAGGAACGGGGCUCUUGUGGACGCCGUGGCUCGCGAGGACCAGACACCGCUGCACAUCGCGUCUCGCCUGGGGAAAACAGACAUCGUCCAGCUGCUUCUGCAGCACAUGGCCCAUCCGGACGCCUCCACCACCAACGGCUACACCCCCCUCCACAUCUCCGCUCGGGAGGGGCAGGUGGAGACGGCGGCUGUGCUGCUGGAGGCUGGAGCCUCACACUCACUGGCCACCAAGAAAGGAUUCACUCCUCUCCACGUGGCAGCUAAAUAUGGAAGCCUUGAUGUGGCAAAACUCCUGCUUCAACGGAGAGCUCUGCCUGACGAUGCAGGGAAGAACGGCCUGACCCCUCUGCAUGUAGCAGCUCACUAUGACAACCAGCCGGUGGCGCUGCUGCUGCUGGAUAAAGGGGCGUCCCCUCACGCCACAGCCAAGAACGGCUACACCCCGCUGCACAUCGCAGCCAAGAAGAAACAGACGGCCAUAGCGCUGGCCCUGCUGCAGUACGGGGCCGAGACCAAGGUCUUGACCAAGCAGGGGGUCAGUCCUCUGCACCUGGCCGCCCAGGAGGGCCACGCAGACAUGGUGGGCCUGCUGCUCGGGAAGGGAGCGCACGUCAACGCACCCACUAAGAGUGGACUCACUCCUCUCCACCUCUCAGCCCAGGAGGACAGAGUGAGCGCAGCAGAAGUGCUCGCUAAGCAUGAGGCCCACCUGGAUCAACAAACUAAGCUUGGAUAUACCCCUCUGAUAGUGGCCUGUCACUAUGGAAACACCAAGAUGGUCAACUUCCUUUUACAGCAAGGGGCAAGCGUCAAUAGCAAAACUAAGAACGGUUACACACCACUCCACCAGGCAGCUCAACAAGGGAACACACACAUCAUCAAUGUGUUACUACAGAAUGGGGCCAAACCCAACACCACCACUCUGAAUGGAAACACGGCUCUGUCCAUCGCUCAACGGCUAGGGUACAUCUCCGUCGUGGAUACCCUCAAGGUCAUCACCGAGGAGGUCAUCACCACGACAACCACGGUGACAGAGAAACACAAGCUUAAUGUUCCGGAAACCAUGACAGAGAUUCUAGAUGUGUCGGAUGAAGAAGGUGAGGACACGAUGACGGGUGAUGGCAGUGAGUACCUGAGAGCCGAGGACCUCAGGGAGCUGGGGGAUGACUCUCUGCCAGGACACUACUUAGACGGCUUCAGCUACAUGAGCCACAACCUGGACAGGUGGGGGUUCAGCCAGAGAACACAGAUGCCCAACCAGAACCCAAACCAACAUUACCAAAGAGAGGGGCUUCUCAUAGAGGAUAUGCUCUCAAGCCACCAGGUGGCGUCUUUGUCAAGAGAGAAUGAUAAGGACUCUUUCCGCCUGAGCUGGGGAACCGAGCACCUUGAUAACGUGGUGCUAUCAUCCAGCCUGCUGCAUUCUGGCCGCUCUUCCCCGUGCCUAGACCAUGACAACAGCAGCUUCCUGGUCAGUUUCAUGGUUGACGCAAGGGGAGGGGCCAUGCGCGGUUGCCGUCACAACGGCCUGCGCAUCAUAGUGCCUCCCAGAAAGUGUUCUGCACCGACGCGGGUGACCUGCAGGCUGGUGAAGAGACACCGUCUGGCCUCCAUGCCCCCCAUGGUGGAGGGGGAGGGGUUGGCCGGGCGCAUCAUAGAAGUGGGCCCGACCGGGGCCCAGUUCCUGGGUAAGCUCCACCUCCCCACGGCUCCGCCCCCUCUUAACGAGGGCGAGAGCCUGGUCAGUCGCAUCCUGCAGCUGGGUCCUCCAGGGACCAAGUUUCUCGGGCCUGUUAUCGUGGAGAUCCCCCACUUUGCUGCCCUGCGUGGGACGGAGAGGGAGCUAGUGAUUCUGAGGAGCGAGACGGGGGAGAACUGGAGAGAGCACCACUGUGAUUACACCGAGGAAGAGCUCAACCAGAUCCUGAACGGCAUGGACGAGGAGCUGGACUCACCAGAGGAACUGGAGAAGAAGAGAAUAUGCCGCAUCAUUACCAGGGACUUCCCCCAGUACUUUGCAGUGGUGUCGCGGAUCAAACAGGACAGUCAUCUGAUUGGCCCAGAGGGCGGGGUGUUGAGCAGUACUCUGGUGCCCCAGGUCCAGGCUGUGUUUCCAGAGGGAGCCCUCACCAAGAAGAUAAGAGUUGGACUACAGGCCCAGCCAAUUGGUCUGGAGUUAGUGAGGAAGAUCCUGGGCAACAAGGCCACGUUCAGCCCUAUCGUCACGCUGGAACCCCGGAGGAGGAAGUUCCACAAACCAAUCACCAUGACGAUCCCUGUUCCCAAAAGCUCAAACAACGAUGGGACUACCACUGGGGAAACGCCCACCCUGCGUUUGCUGUGCAGUAUUACCGGUGGAACCACACCUGCCCAGUGGGAAGACAUCACCGGCUCCACUCCACUCACAUUUGUAAACCAAUGUGUGUCCUUCACCACAAAUGUCUCUGCCAGGUUCUGGCUGAUAGACUGCCGGCAGGUGCAGGAGUCGGUGAAUUUCUGUUCCCAGCUCUACAGGGAGAUCAUCUGUGUUCCUUACAUGGCCAAGUUCGUCAUCUUCGCCAAGACGCUGGAUCCCAUCGAGGCGCGGCUCCGCUGCUUCUGCAUGACGGAUGACAAGAUGGACAAGACCCUGGAGCAGCAGGAGAACUUCACAGAGGUGGCCCGCAGCCGAGACGUGGAGGUUCUGGAGGGAAAACCUAUAUUUGCUGACUGUUUUGGAAACCUGGUUCCUCUUACGAAGAGUGGACAGCACCAUUCAUUCAGCUUUUUUGCCUUCAAGGAAAACCGGCUUGCCUUGUUUAUUAAAAUUCGGGACACAGCCCAGGAGCCUUGCGGCCGUUUGUCCUUCACCAAGGACCCACGCACGUAUCGCACACUGAACCAUAACGCAAUCUGUAAUCUCAACAUCACACUCCCAACAUACUGCAAGGAGUCGGAUUCUGAUCAAGAUGCUGAUGAUGAGAGUGAGAAGAGUGACAAGAAAUAUGAUGAAACUGAAUCCACUGAGACAUUCUCCUUUCAAACAAAUCACCCUGUUGACCCAGCUACACUCGCAAGCCCCGAUCUCCUUUCAGACGUGUUUGAGAUAAAACAUGAUCUCAUUAAGAUGUCAUCUAUAUUGACAACACAAGAAAUUGACCAUCAGACCUCAACCAAUAGAGACAGAAUAGCGGCAAACAGUCUUGAGAAGAUAGUGGUGGGAGAACAUUUCAAGAAAAGUGAACAAUAUAAUGAGAAACAGGACAGGAGCAAGGUUGUUCAACAUUCUGUAGAAGGUGUGGAGUGGGUGGUAAUCUCAGACUCAAGGGUGGAUGCAUUAAUUGAGACAAAACCCUUAUCUAAAAGUGUUACAGAAGUCAUGGACAUGUCAGGCACUACUUCAUUCCGGAGCAGCGAAAUUGACCAGGGCCGUGAAAAGCUACCUAUUGCCAUUAUGUCUUCUAAAGAUGACCUCAUUCAGGACAGGGUUGAACAAAUGGGGCUGAAGUCUGAUGGCAAGAGGCGCCCUCCAGAUAUCAAAAAACCUAUCCGUAGGAAACUUAAAGAAAGGGAUCAAUCGGGAUGCAGCAGUUCUGAGGGAGAGAUGGAAAGAAUGGGCUCUGAGGAGUCUCUGGAUGGGGAUAUAAUACUGGCCGAGACUGGCCUGGCACGAAGCGUAUCCAUGGAGCCUCCGACAUCUCCUUUCAUUGUUGAAACACCAAUAGGAUCAAUCAAAGAAAGGGUUAAAGCCUUACAGAAAAUGGUGCACGAAGAGGAAGAAUUAAAAAGUACACAACCAUCAGUCCCACAUGGAAAACCAAUGAUUUCCACAGAGAGGAUGGAGUCAGACAUGCCGGAACUUCCUAAAAUCCCAAAAUCGCCCAAAUCCCCCAGGUCGCAGACAGAAAGAUUAGAGGAGACUAUGUCUGUUAGAGAAUUGAUGAAAGCAUUCCAGACUGGACAGGAUCCUUCAAAGAACAAAACCGGCCUUUUUGAACACAAAGCCAUAGCUGUUACAACUAGCUCAACUUUGAAUGUCUCAAGAGAGGACUCUGAGGAAUCACAAGAUACGUCAAGCUUUUCUCAUGUGGAGGCAGACACAAAUGUGGAUGCACGUCAAGUGCAGUACAAUAAUGGAUUUGUUAGUCUAAGCAGUGACCAUAAGCCAUGUGAAGACAUGCAGAUAAGCCCUGAUCGCAGACCCUCAGAAGAUUUCAGUGCAGACAUAAAGGCUGAGCUGGAGGAAAGUCCAGAGUAUCAAUUGUUCAAGCAGACAACAAGAGUGAUGGAUGGUAAAGAUCAGCUUGAUACACCUGACGUCGUAGUUGAAUCGAAUGCAUUCCAGGAAACUGCACAGAGCACGGAUAACCAUGUAAGUGAUGAGAGUACCAAACAUCAUGGGCCAUCAGACAUUAAUGAAAAGAAAGCCUACUAUUCAGAGAAAAUUGAGGAUGACGAUAUGGAGAAGGAAAAGUCAACAAAAUACUCUGUAAUAGAUACAGUGGAGCCACAUCUCCAACAAGUUCAUGUAGAAAGGAAAGUAUCAUACAAGACAGCCACAGCCGCGAAGGAUAUGUCGGGUCUGUUGUCUGUUCUGAACAGUGAUCUGGACCAUUACCUAGAGGAAAGACCUGCAGACUACGUGUCAGAAGGGGCAAAAGAAAAAGCAGAACAAACAGGGAGCAGUCCCAAAGAUACCACGUCAGUAUCUAUGAAUUUGGUAGAGGAACCACAAUUCAAAGAGACUCGUAUUGAAAGAACCAUUUUUAAUAAACCAUCUACACAAGUGAAAGAUAUGACUGGAAUGUUGACCCUUCUAAACUCUGACUUGGAGCAAUUUCUAGCAGGCAGGCCAGUAAUUGCUCAUCAGCCAGAGCAGGAUGUUAUCCAGGAGACAUUUGAUCAGGUUAUUCUUAUCAAAAAGAAUUAUCGGGGAGACACCCUAAAAUUAUCGUGGGAGGAACAAGAUGCAACAGAUACAAAGACAGGCCUAAUACAUAAUGUUGAUUUAGAGGAUAGAACUACUUCAGCAGCAGAAAUAACAAAAAUAGAACAGAGCGGUGACUUAGAGGAGAGUCAUGGAAACAGGGUUGUUGACGAUGUAGGGGUCGAAGUGUUUCGGUCAGCUUCAGUGGAGCAGAUAGCUUUCCAGGAGGUACGCAUUGAGAAAAACAUCUGCCAUCGCCAAUCUCCAACAGAGAAGGACAUGUCAGGCAUGCUGUCAUUGCUCAGUGAGGACUUGGACCAACAUGCAAAUGAGACACCAGUGGUUGGUAGGCAGCCAGAACUGGAUGGUACCCAGGACAUAUUUGAACAGGUUAUUGUUGUCCUAAAGAAUCGUCGGGGAGAUAACCUUGAAUAUUCAUGUGAGGAUAAAGAUACAACACAGGAAAAAGCAGUAGUAGAUGGUGUUGAUUUAGAGGACAAGACUACUUCAGCAACAGUUCAAAUAACAGAAAUUGUAGAGAGUACUGAAAAGGGUCGUGGAAAUAAACCUGAUGAUGUAGAAGUCAAAGCGUCAGCUUCAGUAGAGGAAAUAGCAUUCCAGGAGAUACGCAUUGAGAAAAACAUCUCCCAUCGCCAAUCUCCAACAGAGAAGGACAUGUCAGGCAUGCUGUCAUUGCUCAGUGAGGACUUGGACCAACAUGCAAAUGAGACACCAGUGGUUGGUAGGCAGCCAGAACUGGAUGGUACCCAGGACAUAUUUGAACAGGUUAUUGUUGUCCUAAAGAAUCGUCGGGGAGAUAACCUUGAAUAUUCAUGUGAGGAUAAAGAUACAACACAGGAAAAAGCAGUAGUAGAUGGUGUUGAUUUAGAGGACAAGACUACUUCAGCAACAGUUCAAAUAACAGAAAUUGUAGAGAGUACUGAAAAGGGUCGUCGAAAUAAACCUGAUGAUGUAGAAGUCAAAGCGUCAGCUUCAGUAGAGGAAAUAGCAUUCCAGGAGGUACGCAUUGAGAAAAACAUCUCCAAUCUCCAAUCUCCUAAACAGAAGGAUAUGUCAGGCAUACUGUCAUUGCUCAUUGAGGACCUCAACCAACAUGUACAUGAGACACCAUUGGUUGUGAGUCAGCCAGAAGAGGAAAGUACCCAGGAGAUACUUGAACAAGUCAUCCUCCCUCAAAAGAGUCAUCAGAGAGGCAACCAAAAAUUGUCUUUUGAGAAUAAUGAUGCAACAGAGGAAAAUACAGGCCUUGUACAUAGAGUUGAUUUAGAGGAUAUAACUACUUCAAUAGCAGAAAUAACACAGAAAGUAGUGAGUAAUGUCCUAGAGGAGGGUCAUGAAACCAUGGUUUAUGAUGAUGUAGGGGUCAAAGUGUUUGUGUCAGCUUCUGUGGAGCAAAUAGCAUUCAAGGAAGUAAGCAUUGAGAAAAACAUCUCCCAUCGCCAAUCUCCAACAGAGAAUGACAUGUCAGGCAUGCUGUCAUUGCUCAGUGAGGACUUGGACCAACAUGCAAAUGAGACACCAGUGGUUGGUAGCCAGUCAGAAGAGGAUAGUAUCCAGGACACAUUUGAACAGGUUAUUGUUGUCCUAAAGAAUCGUGGGGGAGAUAAGCUUGAAUAUUCAUGUGAGGAUAACGAUACAACACAGGAAAAAGCAAUAGUAGAUGGUGUUGGUUUAGAGGAUAAGACUUCUUCAGCAUCAGUUGAAAUAACAGAAAUUGAAGAGAGUGGUGAAAAGGGUCGUGGAAAUACACUUGAUGAUGUAGAGGUCAAAGCGUUUUCAUCGGCCUCUGUGGAGGAAAUAGCAUUCCAGGAGGUACGCAUUCAGAAAAACAUCUCCCAUUGCCAAUCUCCAACAGAUAAGGACAUGUCAGGCAUGCUGUCAUUUCUCAGUGAGGACUUGGACCAACAGAUAUAUGAGCGACCAGUGGUAGAGAAGCACCCAGAAGAGGAUAGUACCAAGGAGAUAAUUGAACAAGUCAUCCUCCCUCAAAAGAAUUAUGGUAGAGACACUCUUCAAUUAUCUUGUCAGGAUGAGAAUGCAACCGGUGAAAAGAUAGAAGUUGUAGACAGUGUUGAUUUAGGAGAUAUAACUACUUCAGCAACAGUUGAAAUGACACAAAUAGAAGUGAGUGAAGAGUGUCAUGAAAUAUCCACUGAUGAUGUAGAGGUCAAAGCAUUGCUGUCCGCUUCAGAAGAGGAAAUAGCAUUCCAGGAAGUACGCAUUGAGAAAAAUAUCUCCCAUGGCAAAUCUCCAACAGAAAACGAUAUGUCAGGCAUGCUGUCAUUACACAGUGAGGACUUGGAUAAAGAGAUCAAGGAGGCCCCAGUAAUCAAGAUGCUACCAUCAGAGGAGCUCAUCAAAGAAACAUUUGAAGAAAUAAUCCUAGUCCAAAAGGUCCAUCAUCGGGACAUUAAAUCAUCUGGGGAAGGUGAUGAUUGCUCAAUAACAAAUGAGAAAAUACUAUUAGAAGAUAGACUUGAACAAGAAGAUGAUGCAGUUUCCAAAGAAGACACACAAGGGGAUUACAGUGACGCAGAGCCUUCUCCUUACCAUCCUGUAACAGAUUAUUACCAAGAAAAUGACCCUGAGCACAAAUCCUCAAUAGAAAAUACUAUUAUGUCAGAAGACAAGAAAAAACAGAAAGAUGAAUAUUCUUCAUCAGAGGUAAAUCUUGAAACUACAGCCAUCACAAUGCUACAUUCCAGGGACUUAUGUGAAGUCAUCAGUGGGCAACAAUCAUGCUUGACAAUAGUUGAUAGUGAGGAAGGCCGGGAAGACCCUCAGGAGAUACCAUGCCAUUUGGAAAUGCCACAAAGACCUGUAGACCUGCACACUCUAGUCCUGGGUGGCUCAGACAGACGUCCUUCAAACAGAGACUCACUAGAGUCAAGUCCUGUCAUGGAGGACAAGUCAUCAACAAACUCGCCCGAUUCAAUAGAGGCGAGCCCCUCGAGAGAAUCUCCUUGCCCAGACUCUCUAGAAGGUAGUCCAACUCACCAAAACGACACACAGACAAUUUCCGGUAACACAGUGGUCUAUGAAGACUAUUCCUCCCAACUCAAAGCCUGCUUUGGUUAUGAAAGAUCUAUUGACAAAGACGAUAACUGGCAGGAAAAUAAACCAAUAACCCAACAACUGGAAUCCGAAAUACAUUCGUUGCCGCUAAAGACACUUGAUGAAGACAGGACAAGCUCUGAUGGCAAAGUCUUGGAACAUCUUUCAAAAGACAUGGAUGAAAACUCCCCUGUUGAAGCUAAUGAAGAAGAGGAUAAUGUCACCAGUAGACAAUUUACCCCAGAAGAGGAAAUGUUUAAGAUGGCAUCAAAGAUUAAAACCUUUGAGGAAAUGGAACUGGAGACCACAAUCACAGUUGGUGAUAAAUCUGCAGAAUCUUGCACCUUAUUGGAAACUGAAUGUGAAAAUGUGGUGGAAAAUAGAGCUUUGCAAAAAGAAUUUGAAGAGAAACAAGAGCAAGUCCCUGAAGAAUGUACUACAGAGAGCACACCUGAGGUAGAUGAGCAUAGUGUUGAUCAUGAUGCAGAGGUUUCCUCAGUAGAUGGUUUAAGUUCUACUUGUGUAGCUCGUAAUUUAGAAGAGGAAGAGAAGGUACGUACAAAUAAUAUUGAGCUAGUAGCUAAGAAGUCAUUUUUGGAAAACCUAUCCGACCAGGGGUAUGAUCAACGUAAUAUUGUGCCUUGGAGUCAAAGCCAAGGAAGGAAAGAAGAUGAAGUACAAUAUGAUGGUGCAGCCAUUAAUUCACGAGUUGAAGCAGAGGGCAAUCAUAUUUUAAGCCCUGCAGAAGAGAGAAAAAACCCUGACUCACCUGGUUGUACACCACAUGAAGAUGGAGCCCCUAACCCCUUUCAAUUUCAGGAAGGUAAACUCUUUGAGAUGACACGGGGGGGUGCUGUAGACAUGACAAGUAGAAGCUGUGAAGGAGAGGAAUAUUCCUUCUUUCACAUAGAAAAUCCUGUUGAUGGGGUUUUUUCAGUAAUGGCAGAAGAUUACUACACUUUGUCUGAAGAAGCACCUGAGUCACAGAGUGCUACUGAUAAUGUCCCUAUUCCAAAAUGUAGGACAUCCAUUACAACCAUGGUAGACAUUUCAGAGAGUAAACAUCUACCUUUAGAAACCAUUAAUACAUCCAUAGAUGUUGAAUUGGGAUCUCAACCUGCUCUGAAAAGUCUAACCGCAGUCCAAAGUGAAGAUGCAAACCCAAAAUCCUCUCUAGACUACCUGGACUCUACUAUAGCGGAUUUGCGAUCGGCCACUUCCACAGUCACCCGCUCAGUAUACUCAGAGCAAAGCCCUGAUUCCUCAGAUUCCUCUGCUGAGGAUGAGGAUGAGGAUGAGGAACUGAGCUCUGUCAUCGAGAUGCCAUCUACAACCAAUACUAAAGCAGAAUCGGACAUCCCAGCUAAUGAACUAAAUAAGGAAGACAGCAAAUCCAAAAUGCCUGUAAAAGUGCCACUGAUGUCGUCGUUGGACUAUGGUCAAAGAUGCAACGUUGAGAAACUGGCCAAUGACAAAUGCAGAACUAGGUCUGAGGCUGACAAUGGUACAAAUAAAGAUUACAAAAAAGUAGAAAGAUGUAAUUCAGAUAAUAAUUAUGAAGUGUCCAGUCCAUCUAUUAAAGCUAAGCAUGAACCAGAAGAGCACUCCUUUGACCAAUCUUUUGAAGACAACAAAGUGCAAAUACUUUCGGCUGGAAUGGCCUCUGUUAGUUCUUCAGUGGAUAUCGAGGAUAUGAACAGUGUGGAUAACAAAAGUCCAGAUUCAGUCAUCUUCAGAUAUGAUAGCUCUUCCUUGCAGAGCUCAAAUCCCGGUGCCAAACCUUUACCCAGUGUACCUUCUGCAACAGAGGAUGUUUUUGAAUCCAGGCCCGUGUGGGAUGAUACAGUGGAAACUCAAAUGCAGAGAAUCGGCGAUGAUGAAUCUCCAGAGUAUAAGCAAGUGGAUUGGCAGGAUGAUGUUGACAGGAAAGAGGAGACCCUAGCAAUCAUUGCAGAUCUUCUUGGGUUCAGCUGGACUGAACUGGCAAGGGAGCUGGAAUUCAAUGAGGAAGAGAUCCAGUUGGUAAGGACCGAGAAUCCUAACUCUCUCCAGGAGCAAAGCCAUGCUCUACUGCAGCGCUGGACCCAACGAGAGGGCAAACAUGCCACAGAGGACUGCCUGAUUAAGAGGCUGACAAAAAUCAAUCGUAUGGACAUUGUCCACCUGAUUGAAACCCAGAAGAAUAAAUCAAUUCAAGAGCAAACUUCAAGAACAUAUGCAGAGAUAGAAAAGACACUGGAUCACAGUGAAGUGUCCGUAGCCCUAUCCUUAGUACAAGAGGAUGUAGACAGCCCCAGAAUAGUACGGAGGACGGAUUCAGACCGCAAACCACCUCCCGCUGUCUCUGAAGAAGACCUAUCUGUAGCAUCACUACUCGACAUCCCUUCCUGGGCGGAGCCUAUUGCUCACACACACUCAGAAAGCAUGCAUUGUGAUCUAUUGGAGGACCUUGAGAUUCCCCAUGAAGUGAACCCCAACCUGUGGACAGAGGAUCUAUUGAAAAGGGAAUCGGCAAAUAAUGACGAUGAAGAGCAAGUUCCCAAAGGGUCAUCAUUAAUGAGAGAUCAGUCACAGUCAUCAGAACAUUUCACAUUUUUAGAGGAGAGUCAACUCUCGGCCAUUGAGAUGCCAUCAUUGACACAUGAGAUACUCAAAUCCCUUUUCACUGAGAGUCAAUCUGCUGACCCAGAGGUACACGAUUCUAAUACAACAAGUACAAUUGAACCUGCUGUGGAGUUAGCAAGGGAUUCCAACUCGCCUCAGGAGCAGGACGACAAGCAACCAUCAAGCCUUGAACAGAGCUACGAAUUCGACACAAGUGAGGAAACCCCAGUUGUCCCAGACCUUCUCAGCCAUAUUCCUGAACAGAGUGCUGGUGAACACAAUGAGGAUGAUAAAUCAGUCAUGUCAGCAGAACAAACUACAACACCAAAGUCCAGCUCACCUCAACUUGACCAGCUGCUGUCCGACUUAGAAUAUAAACUGAAAUUAAGACCUGAGAAUCUUGACGCUGAAAAAUCGAUAUCCAGCGAUGAAAGUCCUGAAGCUGACCAACCAUAUGUGGAGUUUGAUGACCUUUCACCAGGAGAUGAAUUCCCUGAAGAAAAAUGCAGACACAAUGCAGACACCAUGUUAUCUGACUUAGACCAGGAGGAAGAUCCAGAUCAAUCAGCUCCACAAAAUGCCGUACAUGAUGGUUUUCCAAGUGAGGCUGGAAGGGAAGUCUCUAGAAUCACCCCUGAUCUAAUUAUAAUCUCCUCAGAAACAAAUGGAGUGACAGCGGAAGAGGUUCAUUAUCCUAACUUGGAGCAAAGGGAUUCUAUUAAAACUGACGAGGUUUACGCAUCGUCCCCUAUAGACAGCCAAUCAGAAGGGGUGUUUCCAUCAACCCUGUGUGAUGAUAGUGCUGCCGGGCUUGUACCCUUAGUUGCGUCUCUAGAUGGUGCAGGAAUGUCUGAGGAAUGUGCGACUGAUCUGCCUGCUAUUAAUGAAGAAGAUGAAGAAGUAAUAUCUGAGAUUGAUAGGGAAAUAGAAGCAUUGUGUGAACCCUCUCUGCCACAGAAUCAUUGUUAUGUUAGUGCUGAAGAAUCACAUUGUACACGCGAUCAAGUACCACACAUGUCAGACAUUACUUCCCCAGUCAUUACAGAAACUGGGGAUCUCUCCUCUCAGUCUCCCACUGCUUUGACCUUACAAACACCUGAACCUGGAAAAGCUAACAGAUACUUUCACUUUGAGCAACUAAAUCCGUACCCCUGCUCAGGUACACCACUUUCCUUAAUCGAGGAAAACAUACAUCUUUCUUCAUUUAAAUCUCCCACUGAUAUUGGAACAGAGACAGCCUCAGCUCCCAGUGACAACGUCAGCUUGCCAUCUAUGCAUGAAGAGAUGAACAACGCCGAACCUCCAACCUACGCAGACGUUGUGCAUGGUGUCCUCCAUACCACGAAAUACGAGAGCUCAGAUCCAGAGGCUUUCUUUGACUGUCAACAGGCCUCCCCUGAAUCAUCAGAGACUGAGGCUGGUGAUGCUAAGAGAGAGAGUAGGUCACAGAGAAGACAGCCCGAUGAUCGUUUUAAUUUGCAAAGAAGGGAAAAACCAAAUGUUAAAUUUAACGACUCUGCGAUUCAAAUCUAUGAGCCAAGAGUCCUGUGGUCUUCUGGGAGUGAAGGUUAUGAAGAUGCAUCGUAUGUGAACGAGUCUUCUGAGGACAUUUAUGUAGAGAGUGAAGAAAUGGCCCACUCUCACAAUUCAAACAAUGAGGAUUCUGCAUUCUAUGAAGCUUCACAAAAACAUGCUGCUAGGGGAGGGCCAGAGCCUGUUGAAGAAGAUACAUCUCUGGCAAGGGAGAUCGCUGAUGAACUUGGAACAAUAUCAGAAACUUCCGAUGACGAAUAUCUGACCACAAGAAUAGUGCGAAGAAUUGUUAUGAAGGCUGAUGAAAUGCCCGAUCUCCCUCAAUCUGUAACAGAAGAGAAGUACACAGAUGAAAACGGACAUGUUGUGAUCAAAAGGGUGACACGCAAGGUCAUCCGUAAGUGUGUUUCUGCUGAUGGCAUGGAGUGUGAGGAGCUAUCGGCCGUGGGAGCACCCCAGGGCUCCCGCGGUAUGGUGCUUGGAGACGGCUCCUCCAAGGGGCUGAGGAGAACCAUUAUCAAGAGCGAAGGAGACCACACCGAGGUGACCUUCUCUGAGCUGGAGACUGCGGUGGCUGGGGAUUGUCAUGUCAGGACUGGGAGGACCACAGUUGUCGAGGGCCAGCGGACAGUGGACCUUGCCUCCACUCAGGACGACUGCAAACAGACCCUGGGAUACAUACAGGGUUUAAAAAGAGUUGAGAUUCCUGAUGUGAUAGAAAGGGCGAUUGUCAGAGAUGAUGGGACGAUGGUCCAGAGGGUUCGAGUCCAUAGAGCUCGCACCCAGAGGAGGACGGUGGUGAGGGGAGCCAGCCUUGGGAACAGAGUCUUCCCGGAGCGGGAGGAUGACUCCAGCAGAAGACCCCAACCCCGCAGCCUCAAGCUGCAGCUCCCUCAGCCCAACCACCGCCUCCACAAAGAAGGGGUCGAAGACGGCAACGAAUCGGACGACGAAGCGGAGGACGACAGAGAGGAUGAAGAAGAGAAAAGGAAGAUAUAAAACCCCUCCCCCCUUUUUUUCUCACCAAUCCUAUGCAUGGGCCUCAUGCGUUGCCACCUACCAGUCUUCCUCCAUGAUGUUUCCUUCACCAGUCAGGAUGUUUUCCCUUCCCUUGCCUCGUUGUGUAACUCGACAUGGUUGCUCUUCUCUAUCAAACUAAAUUGUAUUUUUUUGCUAUUAUUUUAUUUUUGUGGCAAAAGAAUGUGCCUGAUUUGUUUUUGAUGUCAUGAUCAUUUGUCCUGGAUGUAAUUUUUUUUUUUUCUGUGGUAGAAUAAUGCAAAACAAAGCAAAAAUAGAUUAGAUAUUUACAACAGCUAUCUCACAAAGCUCUGACAGAGAAAUACCAGAGAAAACGAAACACUGGUUUGUAUGUGCUUGGACUUGGACACUAUACCACUGCACUGCCUCUCACCAAACCACACAUUUAUUAUAAUUUAUCACUUGAAUCUAUAUUCAAAUCACUGUAUACCUAAAAGUAUCUCCACGUUUGUCUAGGGGUCAAGAUGUCACCAAAAACAAAUACAUAUAACUUUAUUGACAUUGAAAUUCGUAUGUACUGCUGCCGUGUUUUGUGUAUGCUAUGUGAUAUUUGUCUCUGAAAGGUAUAUAUAUAUAUUCUAGAAAUUACGAACAACUGUAGCCUAUGGAAUAUUAAUCACCCAUGUAAAGUAGAGCAGGCAUGACUAAUCAAAAUCUGACACUAUGCUAACUAGCUAUAGGCUGCUUCCUGAAUCUAGUUGUUUUUUUGCCUCAAUUGCUUUUUAAGGUGUCUCUGUAUCUCAUACCUCUUUUUUCUUUGUGUCUCAUUGUCAAUGUCGUUUUUUUGUAUGUUUUGUCCAGUUUUUACUUCAUCAUAUGAGCAGUGUGUAUGCUUCUGGGUGAGCUUUUGUGCGCUUAAAUGUGUUUGUGCGCGUACAAGUUGUGAUUGAGUCGGAUACGGUUGAUCGACAGCUGCGUCGAAGAGAAUAUUUUCUGAAAGAUUGUAAGCAGCUCUUCUGGAGAUGUCCUAUUUUAGCAUUCUUUUUUAAGUGUGUGUGUGUGAAAGGGGAUUCAUUUAAAUCUUUAUUUUAUGGAGAUAUAUUGUUUCCUUUAAAUAGGUAUUACUUAAAAUUAUUGUUUGGUAGAGUUUAAUUGUAGGUUGUUAGUUUAUAUUAUUAUUUUUAGGUAAAGAUACUUUGGUUCAAAUGGUCAGUAGACAUGUCGUCAGUUAUUUUUUUAGUGGUCCUUUUGCCCAGAUUGUGUGGUACCAGGUUUUUGUGUUUUGUAUUCGCUUGCUUGUGAGUGGAUCGGUUUUUAUUUAUUCAUCUUUUUCCAGCCAAAAAAUAGAAGAAAUGCUAAUAAGACACCACUAUAUUGCACUCCUGAAUGUCUGACAGGUAUAAGCGUUCAUGCCCAUUGAACAGAAGAAAGAGUUGCAAUGUUAAGCUUAUAAAAGGCCGGACACGGCAUGAGGGCACACCAACAUGUCGGUGUGAUGGGGCUGGUUGAACCCUUAUCUCUUGUAUCAUUCACAGCUUGGAGCCUCGUUACUGAACCUAUAGUCAACCUGUGAUGUACUUUCUCUGUUUUCCUUUGAUUGCGAUUUAGAAUAGUAGAUGCAAAAUGCUGACCUAGUAGGCAUUCACUGUGACAUUUUUUUUUUGAGGAAACAGAAUUAAGUUUCUGUGGUGAUGAUAGUUCUAUACAUAUAUUAUGGGACACAUAUAUAAUAUAUAUAUAUAUAUAUAUAUACAUAUAUAUAUAUAUAUAAUAUAUUAUGGGGGCAUGUGUUACUUUAUCAAACUUGUAAAAGACCAAUGUAAACUGGCUGCAGUGUGUCUAUGGCUAAUCAUGGCUGAGAAUAAAGUGUACAACAAGAA